AAUGCUUUCGUCACCGAGUGCGGAAUAUUCGAGUAAUGAAAUAUUGCUGUGAAGUGUUCAAAAUAUGUUAAAUUUAAAGUGAAAAAUAGUAAUAUUGGUGAUGUUGACCUUAGGCUUGAUGUUAUUUCGCAAAAAAACUGUAAAAGAACUCACGUUCACAGUUGUUAUUCGUCAAAAAUCGAGAAAGCUUCAAACGUGUUUGAAGCUUUCGGUUUCGCAUUAAUGGAACUAUGAACCUGGACCCUCUAACGUUUAGCUUAUCACAAAUCAAUUAUCUCGUUGCUAAUCUAAACAAAAAGAAUUUCAAGCAGGUCAAUCAAGAGUUGACUCAGAUUAUCAGUCUCUAUGGCUUGGAAGCAGAAAAUCAAGUGCUGAGGUGCCUGCUUACCGAGGCGGCUAAGACUUCGUGGGAGAACGAUCGUCCAGGGCCCGCCUCCAGUGUACACGCGACCCUCCUAGCGCAGUACCUAUCCUGCCUGCUCAACCACCCGGCCCGGUCUACUGUCGUCUGCCGUAUUAUUGACAAUCCGGCUAAGUCGGUGCAGAAGGCCUUAAAACCCACCAACACAUUACUUAGCCGAAUUGCAAGAUUGCUGAAGUUUACAACAGCCCAAGAUGUCGCCUUCUCAUUAGUUCUGAGAAAGAACUCACCGAAGCCUGAAAUAGUGUCCUUUGCUAAGCAACAUCUCAAGAAACGAUUUUUGGACUUUGUACAGUGUUACCUUGAUGCAGAACGUGGACAUCAAGUUGAGCGUGCGGGUCUACAGGAAUGCAGCCCUGAAGUGUUGCAAACUCUAUUAACAAGUCUCGCGUACGAGAACUUUCGGCUGGCAGCCGUUACAAAGGAUUUGUUUCUUAAAAAAUUACGAGUUGACUUUCCCCGCGAGGUUGUGCCCAUUGUGCUUGCUCCGCUACUGUACCCGGACGACACAACUACACCGCUCGAGGAGAUGACUACAUCUGACGACAUGGCAGCCGCCAUGAUGGACAACUCUUUGGGAGAAAUCAUCCGGGAGAUCGGCUACUCCUUUACGACUUCCGUGGACGAUUGCAAAAAUAAUAUGAUCAACUUUGGAGUGCGGGAGCCGACCGCUAUCGAUAUCGCCCGGAUAAUCUCCAUGAUGGUUAGGUUUCAUGCCACUUUGCAAGAGGGUCCCCUAAUACAAACACCGGGAAACUUUUGGAUGAAUCACGAAGCUAAGAAAGACGGUAUCACACAUGGACAUCCAGAGACGUGGAACGCUGAGGUUUUCGUACAAACGCUAAAGGAGUUAGCCUCCAAUCUUAACUGGAAGGAAGUUAUUCUUCAGCUUGAUCACCCAGAAUUUGUGGUGCCAGAUAGACAAGGGUUGAGCUUGCUUUUCACCAUACUGCGCUUGGGCCUCCAGAGUGCGGGCUACCCAACUAAUAUAUUCCCAGUGGAAUAUCUCUGUCGACGAUGGACCAACUUAGAAGGUCAAAUGAGCUUACUGACAAAUAUACUCAAACAUCCAGAUAUAUUUAGUUUCGCAGACCAUCCGUUCCAUCCAGUCUCGAUUGACCUUUUGAAAUCGCCUCCCGAAACUGACAACAAAGAAGUAUCGACAUGGCGGUGCCUCUACCUGGUGGAACUUCUACUGUACGCGUCCGAUCGAGGAUAUUACAUGCAAGUUCACGAACUGUUUAAGUUCCCUUUGCAAAACUGCCCGGAUAUCUUACUGUUAGCAUUACUGCAGAUCAGUCCACCCAUUACUGUAUUCAGACAAGAGUUGCUGACCACAUUAAUUCCAAUAUUUCUUGGAAACCAUCCAAACUCGGGUAUAAUAUUACAGCACGCUUGGCAUGCGCAGAAUCCAAACAUAAAGCCUAUAAUAAUGCACGCGAUGGCAGAUUGGUACAUACGCGGCGACUGCGACCAAUCAAAACUUUCUAGAAUAUUGGACGUGGCGCAGGAUUUAAAGGCUCUGUCUUUAUUGUUAAACGUCCAGUCCUUCCCAUUUGUAAUAGAUUUGGCAUGCUUAGCAUCGAGGCGGGAGUAUCUCAAGCUCGACAAAUGGCUCACAGACAAGAUCCGAGACCACGGCGAAACCUUUGUAUCGGCUAUGGUGAAGUUCUUGCAGCGGCGUUGUCCGCCGAUACUUGGCAAAGUGCCGGAGGAGCAGCUACCUAAAGCUGCACAGUUGCCGCCGGAAACGGUUGGAACGAUGCUAACGUGCUUACAACUCUGCAUACCGAACGUCCAGCAAGAACUUCAAGAGGCUAUAUACAAUGUGAUAGCUAGUUGCCAGACUUUGAUAUUGACCAAGACGAGGCCGACUAUAACGGGAAUUGCGCGUCCACAUACAAGAGUGCUGGAAACUCCCUUCAAUCCCGCGUUGGGAGUAGGAGGGCAAUUGUUUACACCGCACGUUGAUGCUAUCGCGAGCUUGGCGCCAAACGUUGCAAAUCUGACUUUAGGUGCACCGGCAAAUACUGCUUUUGCAAUGCCAGGAACUUUGGGACCACUAGUUGCUGCUCCCGGAUCUCCUUCGCGACUGAUCGGUGCCGGACCGAAUAGCCCUUUCGCAAUUAUGCCGAUGCCGCAACACGCAACCGUGGCGAAUAUGACAGCCCUGGCUAGGAUGCCUCCUAUGCCAGCUAUGGACAAGCCGCGCUUAACGGAGCCCAUACAUUUCCCAGAUAUUAUGCACAAUGUGUCGAAAGAAAUUGAAGAUGAAGCAAAUGGCUACUUUCAGAGAAUUUACAACCAUCCUCCUCAUCCGACGCUUUCGAUAGACGAAGUAUUAGACAUGCUAAAGAAGUUCCAAGACUCACCGAAGAGUAGGGAGAGAGAAGUGUUCUCUUGCAUGCUACGAAACCUGUUCGAAGAGUAUAGGUUCUUCCCACAAUAUCCAGACAAGGAACUCCACAUCACCGCACAGUUGUUUGGUGGUAUUAUAGAGAAAGGUUUAGUUCCCAGCUAUGUGUCUUUAGGGCUGGCUUUGAGAUUCGUAUUAGACGCUCUUCGUAAACCAGAGGGCUCUAAAAUGUACUACUUUGGUAUAGCUGCUCUAGAUAGAUUCAAGUCACGUUUGAAAGAUUAUCACAAGUAUUGCGAGCACGUUAGGGCCAUACCACACUUUAACGAGUUUCCGCCACAUCUUAUAGAGUAUAUCGAGUAUGGUCUUCAGAGUCAAGAACCACCCACCAAGCCCCAAGGAGCCGUCCUGCCCGCGAGCCUUGCUGCCAUGUUGAACCAGGCCUCCGUGGUAACUGUGUCUGCACCCUACAGGACAGUGGUUUGCGCACCGAAUCCCAUCUCAGUAAUUUCUAAGAUUGCAAACUGUGCUGGGGGCAUAGGCAGCCGGCCCUCAAUUGCUAAUGCCACAAACAUUGAUACACUGCUCACUGCUACAGACAUAGAUGAGAAAAUCGUGGCCCCACCAGAAGCAAUUCAAGACAAAACUGCCUUUAUUUUCAAUAAUCUCAGUCAGUUGAAUUUACCAACCAAAUGUGAAGAAUUGAAGGAAAUUAUCACAGAGGAAUACCACAAGUGGUUGUCACAGUACCUGGUUAUGAAAAGGGCCUCGAUAGAACUCAAUUUCCAUGCACUGUACUCCAAUUUUCUCGACGUUCUUAAAAUACGUGAAAUAAAUAAAAUGGUAACAAAAGAGACGUAUCGCAAUAUCAGGGUUCUCCUGCGAUCUGACAAAGGCAUAGCUAACUUCUCUGACCGAUCUUUGUUGAAAAACCUCGGACAUUGGUUAGGCAUGCUCACAUUAGCUCGCAGUCAGCCCAUUCUUUACAUUGACCUCGACCUCAAAGCACUUCUACUCGAAGCUUAUCACAAAGGCCAGCAGGAGCUACUUUACGUUGUGCCGUUUAUUGCGAAGGUGUUGGAAUCUUGCGCCAAGAGCAUCGUAUUUAAACCGCCAAACCCGUGGACUAUGGCCCUUAUGAACGUAUUAGCCGAAUUGCACCAAGAACCCGAUCUGAAACUUAAUUUAAAGUUCGAGAUAGAAGUGCUUUGUAAAAAUUUGAGCUUAGAUAUUACCGAUUUGAAACCGUCUCUAUAUUUAAAAGACCCGGAUAAAUUAAGAACGAUCGAGUUUCAACUUUCACAACCUAAACCAAAAGAAAUAACGAAUAUAAUGCCAGUUCAUCAGACUAUAAUAGCACCCCAGCAAUUGCAAAUGAUGCCGCCUCCGCCGCCCAUGAUACCGGUAGAGGAUAUGUCUGUCGUGGCGCCGACGCCAACGGCUGGGCUCGUCUCCGGCGACCCGAGUCUGAUUGGCGUCUUGGGCCUGCCUGAACCACGGUUCAACUACCUCGACGUAAACGUCUCUUCGACCUCCGCCUUCGGCCACAAGAUCAUCUUCAACCCCCACAUAAUCCUGUUCCAAAACUAUCCACACUUGAAACAGUUCGUGAAACCGGCUAUCGAGAGAUCAAUACAAGAGUGGAUACACCCUGUCGUGGAUAGAUCGAUCAAGUACGCGCUGACCACGUGCGAGCAAAUAAUACGGAAGGAUUUCGCGUUCGACCCCGAUGAAACGCGAAUGCGGACUUGUGCACACCAUAUGAUGAGAAACCUGACAGCCGGCAUGGCCAUGAUCACUUGCCGCGAGCAAAUCCUCAGCACCAUCAGCGCCAACUUGAAAGCUGCAUUUAUAACUGCUUUGAUACCGACCACUCCCCAACAGUUGAACACAUUACAGAAGGACAUUAUAGAGAGCGCCGCAGCGGUUCUCGCGACGGAAAACAUGGAGCUCGCUUGCGCUUUUAUUCAGAAGACUGCCGUCGAAAAAGCCUUACCCGAGCUCGAUAAGAGGCUUAUGAACGAUUACGAAGUGAGGAAAAUUGCUAGACAGGAAAGUCGACGUUACUACGACCCGAUGGUACUUACUUACCAAACAGAAAGGAUACCAGAGCGCGUUAGGCUACGCGUCGGCGGUCCGUCUGACAUGCAGAUUAUUGUUUACGAGGAGUUUGCAUGCAACAUCCCAGGUUUUAUGCCAGUGCGCGAUGCUGGCAUGUUUAUUCCUAAACCUACUCAGGAGCAAAUCCCGCAGAUGACGUUCGCGCCGGGCGUGGCUCAGACACAGGUUUAUGGACACGACGAAAUGACUACGUUGAUGACUUCCGCGGAACUAUUCCUCUCGACUGCGGUGCAGAUCCCUACAUUCGCAGUUCAAGCUACUAAUAUGCACAAGCUUUUUGAUUCUCUCGCCAUGGCCAGACGUAAUCGCGAUAUUGUCUCUGGCUUCACUCUUCUCCAGAGGGCUGUGGAGGGCCUUUUGGAUGGUCACAUCGUCCAGAGUGGAGCUAGCGCUGAACAUGUUGAACUAAUGACUCGGUACCGUGACAUCCACCUUCGGGUGCUCAAGCUAUUGGAGGAUAAUAGAGUCUACGGCCACGUGUGGACUACCAAACAGAUUACAUACUGUGUGACCGAGUGCAGGGAUGAGCUCAAGUACAAUUUGGAGGCCAUCGAUUGCCUUGUCAGAAACCAUCUUAUCAACUUGCCGCAGUACGAUCUUGCGCUAGCGCAGCUCAUGGACAACGGUAACAACUACGUGGCGGUUUCCUUCGCCAUGCAACUGGUGCAACUGUACCUAGUCGACGACCGUAACGACAUAUACGCUACAGAAUCCGACCUGUACCACUGCACAGACACACUGGUUAGGUUGACGGCACAGACCAGGCCUCCGCCGGAAGGCCUCACCACACUGAUCGAGACGAUUCGAAUCAAUCAAGACCCAAGCAGCUUCUUAGGAGAAAGGUCGCCGUUGGGCCCCACUUCUCACAUCCAUAGUGGCAUUUUACAAGUACGAUCCCGCGAAUACGACGACCCCCAUGGUCUCCAAGAGAAAACGGAGAAUCUUCUCCGCGAAUGGAGGAACAUCCUUCUGAGUCCGCUUACGGAGAUCGAGCUCGGGCAGAACUUCAACAUUUACGUGCAUAGGAUGAACAUGAAUGGCAUCCUCAAAUCCGAUGACAUGAUAACCCGAUUCUUCCGCAUUGCCACACAGAUGUGUAUCGAGAAUGUAUACCAACUUCUCACUGAGGAUAGAAUGAAUCCCCCUCCGGUGCCACCAAAGAGGGACAAGUAUUACGCGAUGUGCGAUUCGUUUAUCAAACUCGUCUCAUUACUGAUAAAGAAUACAGCGGACACUGGCAACCCUACACCGAAACUCAACUUGCUGAACAAGAUAUUGGGAAUCAUAGCGGGCUGCUUGCUUCAAGACCAAGAAGAGCAUGGUGCAAACUUCCAACAACUCCCGUAUCAUCGACUGCUCCUAAUAUUGUUCCUCGAUAUGAAUAUGGCAGAACCUGUUCUAGAGUCCAUGAACUAUCAGGUUCUUACAGCUUUCUGCCACACUUUACGGAUCGUAAGACCUAGCGUUGCACCCGGUUUCUGCUACGCGUGGCUCGAAAUAGUUGCGCACAGAGCCUUUAUAAACAGAGUGCUAGCGGUCACGCCGCAGCAAAAGGGCUGGGGAAUGUAUUCGACGCUACUUAUCGACCUUUUCAAGUUCCUCGACCCGUUCCUACGUAACACGGAGUUAGCCACACCGGUCAUGAUGCUGUACAAGGGUAGUCUGAAAGUGUUGCUAGUGUUGCUGCACGACUUCCCAGAGUUCCUGUGCGAUUACCACUACGGCUUCUGCGAUGAGAUCCCGCCGAAUUGCAUACAGAUGAGGAAUCUCAUCCUGUCUGCCUUCCCGAGGAACAUGAGACUGCCGGAUCCGUUCACGCCGAAUCUAAAAGUGGAUCUGUUGGCGGAGAUCAGUUUGGCGCCGCGUGCAGUCAUUAACUACACGACGAUCAUCCCCGCGUCGCAGUUCAAGAAGGAUUUGGACGCGUACUUAAAGGCCAGAGCGCCUGUGACUUUCCUAUCGGAGCUGCGUAGUAACAUGCAGGUGGUAAACGAGCCCGGACGCAGGUAUAAUAGCCAGCUGAUGAACGCAGUUGUGCUAUACGUGGGCACGCAAGCCAUAGCCCACAUAAGGUCGAAAGGGCAAACACCGAACAUGACGACCAUAGCCCACUCAGCGCAUAUGGAUAUAUUCCAAAACUUUACUGUUGACUUUGACUACGAGGGAAGGUAUCUGUUCCUGAACGCGAUCGCGAAUCAGUUGCGCUACCCGAACAGUCAUACGCACUACUUCAGUUGUUGCCUGCUGUACUUGUUCGCUGAGGCUAACUCGGAAGCCGUACAGGAACAAAUAACUAGGAUGCUACUUGAAAGGCUGAUUGUCAACCGGCCGCAUCCUUGGGGACUUCUCAUAACGUUCAUCGAACUUAUCAAGAAUCCCGUCUACAAAUUUUGGACUCACGAGUUUGUACAUUGUGCUCCCGAGAUUGAGAAGUUGUUCGCGUCGGUAGCGCGCUCUUGCAUUGCAGAGAAGGGAGGGGCAGAACGUGAGCUGACCGAGUAGCGUCAAGCCCUAUGGGAGUCUGUCCAGACAGGCUUCCAGGCGGCGCACGGGGAGGCGCCUCCGAAACCGUCAACGUCGCAGCAACAGCCAAAACCGCCUCUACAGUGGAACAAGCUGUUCAAAAAGUAAACAACAAUGCGAACGAUGCCAAAAACUAAUAACAAACCAACACACUACGCGCUCACGUAUCACCCGACGACAUGGACGCUUAACGGUGGUACUACAAUAGACAAAUGGUGAAAUGAAAUAAGUGCACCAAAUCUAGUGUUUGUGUGUGGUUGUAAAGUGCUUGAAACACAUUUCGAAACGCAAUUUAAACAGUUGACAUUUGGCUCUAACCGGGCCCGAGACCAGAAACGCAUAAAUUCCGGUAAAAUUCGAUAACACGAUUCCGAUUGAGAGAAGGUUAAAUUUCUUUUAUAAUACUUGACAUCAGAUAAUUAUGUACUUAAAAAAGUUCACGCCGCAUUUGAUUUAUUUGUUUAUAUUUAUUCAAAGUUUCUUAUCCCAUAUUAUUUACUAGAUAAUUAUGUACUUAAAAUAUUUAUGCUGAUUUGAUUUAUUAUUUAUGAAGUUUGGAUUUAUAAUUUCUUUCACAUUUCAUUUAUUUCAGACAAGCUUCGCUCGGCGUUUUCUUUUUGUUGUAAAAUAUUUGUUUCCUCGUAGAAAAUUGCAAUCAUUUUAAUAAAAUAACCAUAAAUGCACGUAUUUCAACAUUUUAUUUUCAAACAAUCUGCUAAGUAUCUGACAGAAAAUACGCCAAGUAUAAAUAGAUAAACUUCAGGAGCAAAGCCUUAUUACACAAAAAAAAAUCUAAACAAAUCGUUAGAGCCCUUUCCGAGAUACACGAAAGAUAUUUGUACACAUACAAGAAAUGUUCGCAACAUAAGACAUUGAGCAAAUAAAGACUGGAACUGCAGUGACGUUAAAGUCCCAAAAGUGCACUCAAACGUCUUGUGAAACGUUAAACAAAUAUUUGUGAAUCGAAAAUUAGAUUACUCAGUUUCGUAAGUAAUCAUUUCUACAAAUGACAAUGAAGCAAUAAAUAAAUUGAGUUUUGAAGAAUGAGCGAUUCACUAUAUUUGAUAAACUUAUGGGAAUUUGAACAGGAAAUAAUUUACUAUAAUAUUGAAAUAAUAAAUUUAUAAUUAUUAUUGUAUGUAAUUAAUAUUGUAUGAAUAAUUGAAUUAUUAUGAAAGUACGAAUACUAUUUCAUCUCACUCUAGAUUCUAUAUAUAUUCACACCCUGCCCUGCCUAGUAUAAAUAUUCCCAAACUAUAGCGUGAAAAAUUAUUGUAUAGCUAUUUUAAUGUAUAUUGACAUAUUUGAACUUUUUGAUUCACUUUCAAUAUUUGAACACAGUUUGCAAAUAAAUGUGUAGUUUAAUAACUUGCAGACAACUAUUUCGUUUUUACAACUUAUGAUCUUUACAAUAAUAUGUAUUAUUAUUUUUAAAUAAUGCUUGAUCGGCUCGUAAUUUACCACAAUUGUUAAAUAGCUCCUAAUUGUUUGUAUUAUUAAAAAAGACGGAUAAGAAAUGUAAUUCAAUUUUGUUGUGUUUUGUUAACGGUUAGGCAAAGGUAUUGUUGUUGUUAAUUGAAUUGAUUUUCAUAUAUUGUGAAUAUUUUCAUGAUAUAUAGGUUAGAUAUUAGAGGCGAUGCGACGUUCUCGGAAUUAUCUGUAUGUACCUAAGUCGUUAGUAACGUUCCUUUACCAUUUUUAGAGCGUAAUAUUUUAAUAUUUUUAUAACAACUUAGACCGCUUUAAAAUGCUCUUAAAACUCAAGUAGGUAGGUCCAACUGCGCACAGUUCAUUGUUGUAUUAAUAAGGUCAUUAAAAUAUGUCGCCCUCUUGAUAAACAAAACUAUAGUUUAUAAAGUCGAGUAUUAUAAGUUGAAGUCGAUGGUAAUGAGCCUUAAAAUGGGUUAUAAAGUUGCUAUAAGUUGAUGUGAACAAAUAACAGUCUAUUAAAAGGGCGACCACUAUGUCUUAAUCCCUAUCUAAAUUAUUGUGUAUACCAACGAAAAUAUAAGUCCCGUGAUAUUUUACUAAUGUACCCUAAAGUACCUCAGUAGUUUAUAUAGGUAAUUUAUAUUGUACCUUAUUUGCAUGAGCGUUAGCCAGUUUGAGCUUGAUGUGGAAUUUAUAGCACUUAAUAGCAUGCAUAGGUAGGUGUAUCGUGGCGACUUAUGUUUUUGGUGUUUUUUUUUGUGUUUCAGAUAUGAAUUCCCUUUUGGCGCGGUUUUCAUGUGAUAAAAUACAUAAACAAGUAUUACAUAUAACUUACAUUCGCUAAAUUCACUCUGAAUAUAGGGAUUAAUUACGCACUUCGAGGUAGAUUAACUUUAUAAUUCGUAGCCUUGUCGAAUUGACGUUUGCUAAUAUUUUCGAGCAUGGUUGAAUAUGUGGAGUUGCCGGUGCGAUUUAAAUACUUAUUUUUUGUGAUGGAUCGUUGAUAGGGUUAGGUUCUAGGCUGUUUCAUUUAGCAUUUAAGACGGAUUGAAGCACGGAGCUUAUCUGGUGUUUAUUAAAGCAUACAAUACCAAGCAAGCAAAAAGAACAUAGUUUUUAAGUGAUACGAUAAACGGCUAUCUUAUAAUUUUGUACCGUUUAAUAUAAAGGUUUUUUUUUAUUUUUUUGUUAUCUAUCGGACUUUUGCAAAAUAUAUUUGUGCUGUACGUGUUUCCUGAAAACUUUGGUAAUUUCACUUGCAUUUAUCAGCUUAGACAAAGAAAUGUAACAUCUCUUUCUUGACUUUCAAUCCGUAUGUCCGACCACGCCUAUAGGUCGCGAUGUUGAUUAAUGAAUGAAUAAAAGCACUAACCUUAGCUUCCUUAACGUUGCGCUCACUUGAAAUAUAACACGACGUAUGAUAUAAUCAGUAAUGGGGACCGUGGAAAGAAUAGAGUUACUGAAGUCGCGAAGCCAGUCGUAAUGGGGACCCAAGCUUCCAAGAGAGUUGACCCCACACGGUUAUGCUCAUUGUCGGUAGACUCCCCCCACAGAUAAAAUCCGAAUUGUCAAUGUUAAGUUUUCUUUUAAAAUUUCUUCAUUCUAAUUAUUAUUCAGCCACAACAAAUCACUCAUAUUUAGAUACAACGAAUACCUUGUGGUUAAAACUAAUUGUAAGUAAGAAAUAUUCUUGAAAACAAAUAAAUUUAAACUUAUUGUAAACUAGAAAUUGUUUUGAAAGCUUUUAAUAAAUUGAUUCGGAAGUGCGUCAAUUAAUCCACGAUCCGAAAAAAAGAAAUCGCGUAAUCAUGUACAAAUGUGCCGGAAGGGAAUUAUAUUAUGUGGAAUAUAAGUUAAUCUCUAAUAUUAAGAAUGAAGGGAUAUUUUUAUAUAUUUUUUUUUCUAUUUUGUAUAUCACUGUGCGAUGACUUGCCCGAAUAAACGUAAUAACGACUGACUAACAUAACAGAUUCGGGGCGUCCCGAGAAUGAGUGCGUAAAUUCCAUCAGUAGAAAUUGCAAUAAUGUAAUAAUUGUAGUUAUAUUCAAGAUAUGGAAUGCAUUGCAUGGCUCCAAUUAAUUGUAUUCUAAUUAUAUUUGAAGGCAACUUUAAGUGUUUCUGCCGUAAUUUAAGAGUUAAGCGAUUAUUAAUAAAAAUAAAAUGUAAACUCGAUGAUGGAUUAUGUGUAAUUUAUAUGUGAUUGACUACGUAUGUUACCAUUAGUCGUGUCGAGACGGCGCAUUGUUCUGUAAAGUGUUUUAGUAGUAAUUUUAUCUUAGGGAGAAUUUAGAUAUGUCCGUACUAAUUAUCAACAGUCAAGUAAUUUUAAGUAAAUAAGUUUUUUCGAGGUACUGAGUGACUUCAAACGGGUUCCGUGAAUUGCACAGCCCUAGGCGAUAUUCGCUAUGACAUAAGAAUAGUAGCACUCCUUUAUAUUCAUACUUAUCCGGCCCGUAAUCCAAAAAUUGUUAACUUGUUACAACACAUUGUAAAUUUCGUACGCUCAAAGAAAUCUUAAUAACAAGACAGAAGAAAUUUUUUGUACGCGUCACCCUGUCGCCGCGAGCGAGAGUGUUAGUGUUAGAACGAGAGUGAGAGCACUCAAAUGUUACACAAAACAUUUGUGAGCAUUCAAAUGUUACAAAAAACAUUUGUAGACUUUGUAAUUUCUAAAAUACAUUGUUACUUCCGCUCUAAACAACUGGUGAACGCCGUUGUGAAAACAGAAAUGUAUAGUCCCCAGCGCGUGCGCAGAAGCGUAGUGGUACGGCCUCUGGCGACUUCUUUCGGCGACUAGUGUUUUCUAUUAUUUUAUUAAUAACACAUCUAGUAUUUUAUUAUUAAGAUUUCUAUGCGUGUGCCAUAACAUCGACGCUCUCACCGGGUCAGAUAAGUCUAUGGAAUUGACUGUCAAAAAUGACGUUGUGACGUCAUGUUUGCCAGUUCCUUCUUAUUAGUGAUGGUGUCAUAGAGAAUCAAAGCGAAUAAAGCAUAGCUGAUUAACUUUUUUGUUCUCAUAAUAAUUUAAUUGAUUUUGUAACACAUCUGGAUUCUCAAUGCGAAUGACAUUUUAAAAAUUCUUUAGUUUUUUUCUACCAUAGCAGCCAUACUUUCUUGCACAAUUUAUCAUAACUAAAAACUUGUUACAGGGUUUUACUGUUUGCUAGGAAUAUAUUAAAGUUGCCCUAGCUGGUUGCUCCUCAAUGUAAAACUUCAUGCACUAUUAAUUGUUUUAAAUCCUGCUAGAUGUCGUUUUAUCUCCGCAUUGUUUGCAACUGAAUCUAAACAACAAAAAAUAUUUAAUACUGUUGCACGUUGCCUUAAAUUUCGCCUUAAGACUGAAAUGUUAGAAUUUUACGACACGUGGUUUGUAAAAUACCUCAAAUAGAUAUAAUGUGUUCUUUAGAUUUAGGUGUAGAUAGAUAAUUCUGGAAAAAAUAAAAACGAUAUCUACUUUAUGUAAAGAUAUUGUAAUUAAUAAUAUAAUAAUUUGUCGGUAUGUUUAUAUUACAACCAUCCACCAAGGGCCAUCUCAUGCUUGUGUUUCUGCGAGGUUAUACCCGCAAUUGUUUAAUUAUAGUCUGAUUAAAAGUAGUCUAAAAUAAGGCCAACGAGAGAUAAACGAUGUAGACAAACGUGACGUUUAUGUGCGAGAGUAAAUUACAGAUAUUAACUGUCCUUUUCUAUUGCAAUUUGACGUCAGUGUAUUUACACUUUUAUCUUACUCUACAUAGUUUGUUAUAAUGCGUCUUACUUAAGCGAGCUCAAAGUGACCGCAGUGCAUAGUUGCGCGUUAUUUUAAUUAGAUGCAACCGCUUUUAUUAUUACUUUAACAAUUCUCUUCACCAUAUUCUAAUUCUCUUCACUAUAUAAUUUUAUUUCGAGCAUUUAUUUACGUUGUUCAGCACCUUAUCUUCUUCAUUUUAAACUCUUACUGCCAAAGGUCACUGAAAGAUAUCUCGUAUAGAGAUAAGUGAUCUUUGUCAUUUACUUUUUACCUCUUUUUCUUCAAAAUACUUUUUUAUUCUUUAAUUCGACACCGACUCGGCUAAGAGCGCAAAAGAGUGACGUGGACUUCAAGUCGGGUCCAAACGCGUGCAAGGGCAGAGGGCGCUGUGUUUGUUUUUUGUCAGUUAUCAGUCUGGUUUUAUGGGUCUUUGGGAACAUAUAUAAAAAACUUGUUUGUAUCAGCGAAUUGUUUGAUUUCAAUUUUUUUUUUACAAUUUUAUAAAACAUGCAUAGUUGCAGUUUACAAUAAACUGUCUUAUAAAUCGAGAAAACUUAAAAGAUAUACAAAUUAUACGGAAAUUUCGUUUGUAACAAACACUUAGCGCCCUCUUGCGGAACUAUUUGCUCUUGUACAGCUACGCGAUUUUUUUGAGUAGACGGCACUGCGAUCUUCUUCAGUAAAGGGAGAUAACUCCAAGUGAUUAAAUUUACGUAUUUUUCUCAUUAUGUUAUUCGAAAGGGAAAAUGAAUGAAUAUAAUGAACUUAAUAUUUCAUGAUUUUGUAAUGCCGUGUGUUAAUUUUUGGUUUAUUUAUUAAUAAGGAACCGUGUUCGAUUUUCUCUCUAUUCGGCAUGCUCGUUAAAAUUGAGUGCAUCAACUUGAACAUGGGAAUUCGCGCUAAGCUCUAGUGUUUUCCAAACUUAAAGCGCGCCUGGACCCGACUUCACUUCGCUUCAUAUUCGCGCCGCGGUCGCUUUCAGUUAGCUUAUAGUUGGUUUUUCUCUUGAUUUUGAUUUUUAUCACGGUUGCGUUUUUUAUAAGUGAUGGUAAAGCCUGAAUCGUCAUAACAGCCUUUCUUCGUUAAUGCCAGGCCAACGAGGUCUGCCUUUGAUCAAGGAAAAAAUAAACUAGUAGGACGCCAUGUAAGAAAGUAUGACUGCUGUAGCAGCAGUGAGUACCGGUAUUAGUCAUCUAAUUUAUCUAUCCGGCGAUAUCUCCAAAAUCAUCGCUGAUUAAUGAUUAAUUAUAUUAAAUCCAUUUUAACAAUGUUGACUUCGCGUUACUGUGAUCAUAAGGGAAUAGUAUUACGGAAUAGGUACCUACUGCUUUAAAUGAAUCAAUUACCGAAUAUAGCUGAAGGAUUUUUUAAUUUGCAAUUCGUAAGCUUUGUAUCGCAAUUAGAAAACCGCAUUAUUUACACAGAUCGAAAACUCUAUCGAAAUCCGUUGAGUAAUUUAUGCUCAUGCACAAACAGGUCAUGUAACACUAGGUCUUCUUGUAUCCGGAAACGAUGCCUUAACAUUUCGGGAUAAAAGUAUGGGUUAUUUUACAUGUCCGUGCAGCGUAAGGUAUAACACGGUUGCUUUGACGUAAUCCGCAAGAAGUAGAAAAAUUUGUAUCGUGCAUCCAGCGCUAGCUUUUCCUGCAUGUUUAAUUAUGGUAUGCUGCACAACUCAGAUUUUUCUAGUUUAUGUCAAAGACGGUUUGUUCUGCCAUAACCAAGACUCCGGUUAAGUUAUUUAGUGCCUCUGAAACGAUUUCUAAAGUGUUUUCUAAAAUUUUGGAGGAUAUUCGUGUGCGACGUGCAAUGUGCACUUGUUGCACCGUUGCGAACUACAUUCUCGGUUUUCUAUGCGAUGUGUGUUGUAAUAAAAUAUUUUUACAUCA